AUGUAUAUGGUUUCGAAAUGUGCGAUACUGCUGGUUCUGGUUGUGUUCGGCACAAUGCUUAGCGUUGCAGUGGAAGCAAGGUUUCCGAAGACGAGAGUGGUCGGGCUGCCUGUGUGCUCGGGGAACUCGAACAAGGAGUACAACGACAACCUGCGUCACCUUCUCGAUUUCUUCGUGGACGAGACCAAGAACACGUACAGGAAACCGGGAGCGGACUACGUUUACGAUCACAGCUACCCGAAUCGCGACAUCAAUGGCUCCGUCAAUGGCGUAGCCACUUGCAACAAGGAGUUGGCUCCGCUGGAUUGCUGGUCGUGUCUGCGCACGACAAAGGACAUCAUCAACUCCCGUUGCCAUCGCGCAAUCAGCGGCCGCGUCACGCUCCAGGAUUGCUCCAUCAGUUUCAAGAACGUUAUUGCAUGA